AUUUCUUAAAAUUGUGCUCUAAAGUGAUUAAUAAUAGUGAAUUCAAAAUGGCAGAUACUGUAGCUACGUCUCCUGCAAUCGUUGCGGAAAAAAAACCAAAAAAAGCUGCCGCCGCAAGUGGGUCAAAAAAACCAAAAUCGGCACCAACUCAUCCUCCGACUCAGCAAAUGGUGGAUGCGGCAAUUAAAACAUUGAAAGAUCGCGGUGGUUCUUCCCUUUUGGCAAUCAAAAAAUAUAUUGCUGCUACUUACAAAGUUGAUGUACAAAAACUUGCUCCGUUUAUAAAAAAAUAUUUAAAAGGUGCUGUAAUAAGUGGUAAAUUAGUGCAAACCAAAGGAAAAGGAGCUGCGGGUUCUUUUAAAUUGUCGCCUAGUGCCAACAAGGAACCAAAGGCCAAGUCUGCUGAGAAGAAAAAAUCUGCCGCCAAACCAAAAGCUGCCGCUGCUGGUGACAAAAAAUUAAAAAAAGUGUCUGGUGAAAAGAAAGUAAAAAAAGUAGCCGCCACAACAAAAAAAAGUGCCAGUGCAGAUAAAAAGAAGGUGGAAAAACCAAAAGUGAAAAGUGUUAAAAAAACGAGUGCAGUUAAGGCAAAGCCAACAAAAGCAAAGGCAGCCGCGCCUAAACCUAAAGUGCCAAAAGCAAAAUCAGCCACAGCAGCAGCCAAGCCAAAAAAGGCAGUCGCUGUUAAAAAGGCAAAGAAGUAAAAUUUCCAUUUCAAUGAAAAACAAAGUUGAAAUCAAAACAAAAAUCCACAGUCCUUUUCAGGGCUACAAAAAAUAUACUAAAAUGAGAUAUAAAAACUUUUUUUUUUUAAUUUUUUAUUAAAAAGGAGGGAGAAUUUUUGGACUAUCUCGAUGAUAGCGUUGAGAUGCGAUGGGCUGGUGGAGCAACGGCG